CAGAUUAAGGCGUGCCGACUCCCAGAGCUCUGCAUCAACAACAAAACUGCGUUGCGCACUAAAAAUUCACAGGAUUAAUAGUGUACAGUUGAUUUGAGACUGCUUUGCGUUUCUCAUUAGAAUUAUAUCACAAGGGCGUUCUCAAUCCGGUAUUUAAAUAACUACUACUGUACUAUUCGUUGUCUGGAAUAAAUCGAGCCUUGCUAAAAGCCCUUCUGCUGCUGCUGCUGCUGUUUUUAAUUAUUCUUUUUUUUUUUCUGAACUGGAGGUAAAAAAUAUGCUUAUCUUAAAAAGCUUCCUUAAAUUCAUGAUUAUUAGGAGAUGUCAUCAUUCAGUUGGAAUUAUCGGAGCUCCAUUUUCACGAGGACAGCGAAAGGAUGGUGUAGAGAAGGGGCCUGAUUAUAUAAGGACAGCAGGGUUGAUUGAAAAACUCCAAGCACAAGGUUGUCAGGUGAAGGAUUAUGGCAACUUGAAAUUGGACGAUGUUCCCAAUGAUGAACCUUUCGGGAAGGUCAGGAUGCCCAAGACGGUGGGCCUUGCUAAUCAGCGUCUUGCUGAUGCUGUACACACUGUGAAGAAGGAAGGAAGGGCCUGUGUGGUGCUUGGAGGGGAUCACAGUCUAGCAAUCGGAUCCAUUCUUGGGCAUGCAAGAUCUCAAAGGGACUUGUGUCUAGUGUGGGUUGAUGCUCAUGCUGACAUAAACACUCCGCUGACAUCUCCAACUGGCAACGUGCAUGGCCAGCCAGUUUCAUAUCUUCUGAAGGAACUACAAUCAAAGAUUCCAGUGAUGCCUGGCUUCUCAUGGAUAAAGCCCUGCAUAACAGCGAAGGAUAUUGUUUACAUUGGCCUGCGGGAUCUUGACCCAGAAGAGCAUUACAUCGUAAAGAAUUUGGGCAUCAAGUCGUUCUCAAUGACAGAGCUGGACCGAUUGGGAAUGGGUAGAGUGAUGGAGGAGACUUGCGAUCAUCUCUUCUCCAAAGUGAAGAGGCCAAUUCAUCUGAGUUAUGACAUCGACGCUCUAGACCCUUUAGUGGCACCAGCAACAGGAACGCCAGUGAUUGGAGGCUUGACCUACAGAGAGGGCAUCUACGUGGCAGAAGAGAUUUGCAAAACUGGUUUGCUUUCUGCAGUUGACCUUGUUGAAGUAAAUCCCAGCAGAGGAAAGACGGAGGAGGAGAUCAGGUCCACAGUGAAUGCUGCGGUCAGUGUGGUUUUAAGUUGCUUUGGACAAGCACGAGAGGGCUCGCACCCCAUCAACUACCAGCUUCCAGAGCCAUGAGAGGGCUCGCACCCCAUCAACUACCAGCUUCCAGAGCCAAGAGAGGGCUCGCACCCCAUCAACUACCAGCUUCCAGAGCCAUGACCAGUUUCAUUGUGUUUGACUCUUCAGUAGAACUGCUGUUGAAUAUAUUGUUAACCUGUAUUAAUGAAAUACCUGUACAUUUAAGUAUUCAUUAAAUUGUGUUUUACAGUAUGUGUAGGUUAGAAUAUUUUUGUUCCUAGCUUUUGUUGCAGUAUAAAACUUGCCCCUUUUUCUGUUAGAGAAAAAAAAAAGUGGCAUCAAAUUUCAUUUUAAUACAUUUUUUUUUUUUAAUAUGUGUUUGCCAUU